GGAGCAGAGCCUGAAUCCCGAGCUGCAGCAGGGAUACCGCAUCUUGCGCGAGUUUCUCAUGGAGAAGAACCGACUCCUGACAGCACCGUUUUUGAAGCCCCUCGCGGAUCAGGCAUCCAUCGGGGAAGAAGGAGCCGGCUCCCUCUCGGGUCCUAACAGCAGUCACUCCUUUCAGCAGUCGCCAGCUGGAAUGUGGCUGCUGAAGAUGGAAGAGAAAUUUUCCAGUGGGCAGUACACAGGAAUAGCAGAUUUCGUGGGUGACUUCCGGCUAAUGCUGGAGACAUGUUACCGGCUGCACGGUGUGGAUCACUGGCUCUCCAAACAGGCCCAGAAGCUGGAGAUGAUGCUGGAACAGAAGCUGGCGCUGCUGUCCCGGCAUUUAAGAGAAAAAACAUCAAUAGCUGUAACAUCUAGAGGAUGCUAUGGGCUGGAAGAUGAGAAGGGAACAGCAUGCAUUUCAACAAGACGUCGUUCCACACCUCGCAAUUUAGUAGGCUUGUCAGCAGGCAUGUUUGAGUCUGUGAUGGUUCAGGUUCUAAGACAAGAGGAACAGCUGAGAGCAAAAGAGGAAAAGAGGCUAAGAGAGCAAGAAAGAAAAGAAGCAGAAGAAGCUAGUCAGAAAGAAAUAGAAGAAUGGGAAAAGUCACUUUUAGCUCAAGCAGCACCUACAAGGAUGGAGACAAUGUGGGAGAUUCCAGCUAUUGGUCAUUUUCUUUGUUUAGCACAACAGAUUUUAAAUUUACCUGAAAUAGUAUUCUAUGAAUUGGAACGUUGUCUUCUGAUGCCUCAGUGUAAUGCUUUUUUAUCUAAAAUAAUGACUUCUUUGUUAAGUCCUCCUCAUCGCAGAUCUACGUUACAUCGCAGGCCUACACUUUCUUACAGGGCUUGGGAAGCAGCACUCAGGCAGAAAGUACAACACUGGUAUACUGUUGUAGGGCAGACUGACAAUCCUAAUAGCUCUGCAGAAAAAAUUGGACUGAGUCCACAGUUUUUCAAAGUCCUUGGAGAAGUUAAUCCGUUGCAGGAAAAACCAUUUCAUGAGCUACCAUUCAACCAAAAAGUGUGGCUGCUAAAAGGUCUCUGUGAUUUCGUCUAUGAAACGCAAAAGGAUGUUCAGGAUGCAGUGCUAGGUCAGCCUAUCCACGAAUGCAGAGAAGUAAUUCUUGGUUAUGACUACUUGGAGAAUGCGUAUGUUCAUUUUCCUCAGUUCUGCGGUGCAGAUGUUCGGAUUUACAAACAAAGACCUUUUCAGGCUCCUGAAUUCCCAUCUCCUCCCAUCAAAGUUAAAAAAGUGUCACGUAUUAAAUCAGAGAAAGUAAAACAUGAAUAUGUAAGCAAAAGCAAUGGGGAGGUCAGUUCUGGUGGUAGAGAAGAGCUGCUACAUCAUUCCAAGACAGAUGUAGAGAAAAGUAUGGACUCUGUUGUUAUCUGUCCAGAAAAACAACCACAUUUAGGUAGCUUUAGAGUCACUACAGAGGAGCUUGAGGUUAACUAUGAAAUCAAGACCUCAAGAGUCUGCGAUGUCAAAAAAACUGGUUGCUAUAAAGAGAAUUUGGGGAAUUUGAUUAGUUCAGGAGAGAUUGCUGGUAUGGGUGGCUACCCUAGUUCAGGAGAAAUAGGGGCUGUGGAGAAUGGACAAGGUUGUGCUGAAAUGGCCAGAGUGAAAGCUGAGAUCAGUCCGUUCAAGGAGAACACACUGAAAACUUGCCAGAUGCAUGUCAAUGGCACUCAUAAUGACAACCAAGACAUAAGUUACCAUGAAUCUGCUAAAGAAACAAUGCUAGAGAACUCACUGCGAAAUAAUAAACUAAACAAGUUGCGGGCAAAAAAGAAGAAAAAGAAAAAAAAGAAGUUGAAGGAUAUUCUAAAUGAAAAUCUACAGAGAAAACUUGAUGACUUGCAAAGAAAACGUGAGAUUCAUCUUCAUCCAUUCAAAUCUUUUAAAUCUGAGAUCCAGAACAAGUUAUUUAUUAUUAAAAAGAAAGCAAAACACAAGAAGCACAAGUCUGGAAAAAAAUCGAUAUCUAAAAAAGCAAUCACAAAGAAGAGGAAAGGUGUCACAAAGUCUACUAUACCAGAAUUUCAGCUUAUUUGCACUAAUCUUGAUGAACUCAGGGAAUUAAUCACAAAGAUUGAGAAUGAACUCAAAGAUCUGGAGGACAUUAAAAAGAAAUCGGACACCAUUCUAGAGUACGUAAAAGGAAUUCCUUCUCCAGAACUUGGAAGUACUGGAGGCAGUAAUGAAAAAGCUGAGCUGUAUCUGAUGUCCAAAGCAGCUGCAGAUCACCAACUCCCUCUCUGUGUGACAUCACUAGAAAACGCUAGACUGGUGAUGUCACACAUCCCACAGAACCCCGCUGCAGAAUGGAGCAGGCCUAUUAAGGGUAAGGUAAGGUGGUACCACCGGAAGCAAGCAGUAAAGGAAUUGCAUGGUACGUUGAUACGACUGCUUAAUGAACUGUUACCAUGGGAACCAAAGCUAAUGAAAGCAUUUCAAAGAAACAGAUCUCAUCUAAACAAUGGUUUAGAAGAAGGGACAAUGGAAAUAUGUUGCAGUCUGGCAGUAUCAAGGUCUAGAUUGAAGAAGGACUAUGAUGACUUUAAAAGACAUCCAGACCAUGAUAAAUUUACCAGAGAAUUGUGGAGUAAUGAUGAAAGUGAAGUUGAUUCUGGCAAAGAUUCUUUUGCAGUAGUAUGCAGUAAAUCUUCAGAGUCUGCAGAACAUGUGGAAGUUCCCAAAAAAGAUCACCCAGACAAUGAUGAGAUGAAACAAUUAGAGAUGAAUUUACCUGCAGGAAAAAACAGAAUUCUGAAAAAAGAAUCAACUUCUAAAGAAAUACAGAAGACACUGUCCAAAUGUGUUAAACGACAGUCCAAGCAAAGCAGUUGUCUGGAUCAAAGCACUAAUGAGCUUUCACCAAGGAAGAAAGCUAAGCUGAGCACUAAUGAGGCUGUGGUCCAGAGUUCAGAAAGUAGCCUGCAGCCAGAGUGUUGUUUGACUGAGCUGAAACAAUUUGAAGGGUCAACUCUAAAAUCUUUUUCCUUGACAGAUCCUGCAACAUCAGUAUCAAACUUUCUGAAAGGGACCAAACCCAUCCAGGCCUUGCUUGCCAAGAAUACUGGGAACAAAGUGACCUUAACAAAUAAACUGUCACCUCCCCCAGGCAUAAAUGUAUCUACUUCUGAAAAGACAGUUUUAUCACCUUUGGAAUCAUCACUGAUAAAACCAGCAUUGCCCUGCCAGACCAGUUCAAAGACUCCUUUACAAAUGAUAUACAAAAUGCCAAAUGGCCACUGUGUACCAAUAGACCUUCACAACAGCUCUGUGAAAAUUCAAAUGCAACCUGUGAUUGACCCUAAAACGGGAGAAAAAGUCAUGCAACAAGUUCUUAUUUUACCUAAGAAUUUUCUUGUUCAGCAGAAAGAAGGAAAAAUUGUGUCCAAGGACAUUAAGACACUACAACAAAAAUUAUCUGACUUGCACUGUACAACUUUACCAGAGAUAUCAAAUGUCAGUGUUUCUUUGACACCUGUUCUGGUAACAGGCCCUGCAAAUGCAACCACUCAGUCACCUACUACAAUUUCUAACAAGAAUAUUACCCACUUGUCACAGGUGACUGGUCUCAUGAACACUACACAACCAUUGCCUGCUGUAACUUCAGUAGGUAACUUACUAUCACCAACAAUUAAGGUGAGCCAAACUGAAACUGACAAAAUCAAGACUACAGUUUCAACUGCCAUGCUCCCUGUGUCUUUGACUUCACCCGCUCUUUCUACAGCUUGCCAGUCUUUGAUAUCCACGACAGCGUUAAGUGGGUCUACAAAUGCUUCUGCCUGUCGUAGUCUUGCAUCACAGCAGACAACCGACUCCUUUGAAACUAGGCAAGAGCUGAAGACGGUGUGCAUUCGAGAAUCACAAUCUAUUCUGGUCACCACAAGAGGUGGAAACACAGGAAUUGUUAAAGUGCAAACAAAUCCAGACCAGAUUUCACCUAGUAGUUUAUCUUCUAGUUCAGUUUUCACUUACACACCUCAACUUCAGGCCUUUCUUGUGCCAAAAACCACAGCAUUGUCAUGCUCUACUCUUCCAUCUGUAGCAACAGCCACAUCUGGUCUCACACAUAUUGGACAAUCGUCUCUUUCUAGAUUUGCCCCCUCAACAGCUGCUUCUCUUAACAUUCCAGCUUUCCCAGCUGAUUUUACCCAGGCAAUGGAGAAAAACAUCAAAUUCACAUUACAGCAGCCUGUUGUUGGGGGCACUUUGGGUCAAGUAAUAGAGAACUCCUGCAAUGUAUCCUCUCCUUCUUUAUCCUCCAUAUCAUUAGCUAGCAAUUUGAUGUCAGCAACUCCAAACAGCCCUGUUAGUGUCACUAGCAUUGGACAAAAUAACACUGUCAUAACUCCAAAUUCUUCUGUGCAGCAACAAGGUGAUACUAAAACAAAUCCUGUUACACAAUCUGAGUCUAAUUCAGCAACAAAUGGAGAUUUAAUCGGUGGUACUCCAGUCCAGAAACUCACAUUAGUCACAAAUCCACCUAUUUUAUCACCAUCAGGAGUUAGUAUUAUACCCUCUCCAGCAUCCACUGGUGUUAAUGCUCAGAAGUUGGUUUUCAUUAACACACAAAUUGCCAAUGGCCCAUCAACCACCAAUCUAGUUGCAGAGUCAUUGAAACAUAACCUUCCUUCUUCCCUAGGCAAAACCUUCGUUAGUGCCACAGAGCAACCACAGUUGGUUCUGAUUCCAUCUAGAGUAGGAGCACCAAUAAGAAUAAAUUCAUCACCAACUAUUGCUCAAGUAAAAGAUGCAAAAAUUGGACUAAAUAUAGGUCAAACCAUUGUAAAUACUAAAGGCAUUGCACAACAGGCUCCAGCAGUUAAUAUAUUGCACUCUGCCAUUUCUAAGGGAGAAGACAAGAAGACCAUGGGCUUGGCGCUGUCUUUGACAAAUAAUAGUACUUUGGUUCCUGUUCCAAGUUUUGUGAGUCAAAGUGCUGUGUCAGCUAAUGAAUCUGUGUGUGUUGCAACAAAAGCUGAAAAUGCUUGUACAGUAACAACAGCAAAUGCAUGCAUAGAAUCUGUUUCAGUAACAUCAAGUGGGACUUCCGGGACAUGGCCCACUGUCUUGACUGGUGGAGAUGAUUCCUCAAGAAUAAGGCCAAUUCUGGGUAAUCGACUGUGUACAUCAAAUAUUGGAAAUACUGUGGGUAUAUCAACUGUGAAAACAGGACACCUUGCUUCAUCUGUGCUGAUUUCAACAACACAACCAACAGUAUCUCCUCAAAACUUAGCAUCUGCUUUGCAAUUUCCAGUCAUUAGCUUGCCUGGAUCUGUAGCCGCCCCUCCCAAAGUGUUACAUACAGUUCCUCAGUUGGCAGCAGUUCCAGCUCCUCUUCCCGUACCAAAAAGCCAGUUGCCCACACUGCUUCAGUUUCAGUCAUCAGGAGUUUCAGUUUCUAUGCCAAGUAAUGCAGGCAUUCACAAACCUCAGAGUGUAUUGCCCCCUCCAUCACCAAAUACAGGUAAAGUAAUUAGUUUUCCUAGUUUUUCUUCCCUACAAUGCCAGCAGGUGCCUCCCAGUACAGAGAAACAUAGUCAUGCUUACACUUAUGCUUCUACCAUUCAGAUGUCUGUAGCUUCACCAACUGUAACAAGCAAGGCAGGAGGUCAGUUGAAUGAACCUUGUAUUCAACAGAAAAUAGUCAUUAACACCUCUAUGCCUUUGGCACCUGGAACUCAGAUAAUGAUUAAUGGUACGCGUUUUGUUGUUCCACCACAAGGCCUUGGAGCUGGCAGCCAUGUUCUUGUUCUUUCUUGUAACACAAAACAGACUCCUCCUUUAACUAUUAACCAUGGUCAAGAGGCUCAAGGUGUACCAAUUGUUAAUCCAAUAACCUCGAAAAUCAUGCUAGCACCGAGUAAUUCAUUAAGUUGGCAAAUAUCAAAACAUCCUUUGAAAAGCUCUACAAAAAUUGUGAACUCUUUUGGGUCUGCAGAUGCUUUACCCAUCGUACAUGCAACACCCCAGAUAUUUAGUACUCCACUGUCUGCAGCAACACUGUCUGUGUCUUCAGUGAUAAAAUCUCCUGUUAAUGUAGCUACAUCUUCUGGGGUUUCUGCCGUUCAUCCUCCGAACUCUCACUUACCAAGCAACACUUCGGUGUUUCACUUAGAUACUUCUAUCAAAAAACUGUUGGUCAGUCCAGAGGGAGCGAUUUUGAAUGCUAUAAAUACUCCGUCAUCAAAAGUUUCUUCCCUGUCUUCAUCGCUGCCUCCUGUUGUUGUGUCCACAAACAGAAAUCCUACCACUGUCGUCCCUGCAUCUCAGUCAUCUUGCCUUGAUAAACCUGACAAAGCUGCAUCCUGAGUUUACUGCAAAUGAGCCACUUUGAAAUUUUGGGGCAUUCUUCUGACUUUGGAAGUUGUAACAAUUGAAUAAUUUCCUUCAUUGUUUGAAACUGUUGAUUUACUCAAAAUUACUUAAGAUUACAGUUUCCUGUUUACCUGUGAGGCUUAGGAGGAAGAAAAAUUUAUUUGGUUUGUCAAAGAAGUUUUCAGAGAGUUCUUUAGUAAAAAGGUCAGAAAUGACCAAUGAGUUCAUUAAACAUUUCAGUUUGGAGUAAUCUAGCCUUUUGCACAUGUUCCAUCUUACAGUAUGGACUGUUUGCCAGUGUGUUUAUGACAGUAUAUAUCUCCUUUUUGUUUGUCAGAUUUAUUUUUGGUUUAUUUCUGUAAAAAAAAAUAUUUAUGCAUUGUAAAAAUGCAAUCUAUGGUAUAGAAUUGUACAUAUUCAUGAAUUCCUAACAAUCUGUACUAAACUAUAUGUACAAAGAACUAUGCUGUCUUAUUUAUGUUUUGUUUACAUAAUGUAUAGUUUUUUAAGUAUUUUAGUAACUUUGGACCAGUGUACUGUUUAGCAACAAUGCAGAAGAAUCUGCAUAUAAUAAAUCAAGUUGCUGUACUGCUUUGUGUUGGCAAUAGUUUAAAAAUGUGUGUAUCUGCUACACCAUGGCAGAAUACAUAUGUAUACAUCUUACUACUUAAUACAGAAGCAUCUCAGCUUUUGGAAUAUAGUAGAAUGAAAUUAUUUAAUCUCUUCUGCUCUUCUUUGUGGUUUACAUGUCACACAAUUAGAUAGGAGUUGGAAGGAAGCCUAUCUUGUUGGUCCUCUUAUACAACAUGGGAUAAUUCAUACUUCAUCAGUUCUUAAUAAAUGUUUUCUUAUAUUGCCUGAAAUCUCCAGUGACGUGGUAAGGCUGGAAAUGGUUUCCCAGACACCAGUCUCAGUCACACUGGUUGCUGUUCAGGACUACCAUGUUUUGUCAUAAAGUUCAUAUAUACAUCGAACAGUUAAUUAUUCUCUUUUUUACAGCCUUGUAUGCAUUUCCACAUGUCUGGUAGCUGUAACAAGGUCACUCUUCAAUCUUCUGUCUAGCCAUAACAAGCUACCCAGUUUUUUCACCAGUCAUGCUUUCUAGACCUGUAUUUUUUUCUUUAGCGUUUAAUUGGUCUAUCUGAAAGGAUAGUGCUAAACAUCACACAGUAUUAAAGGAGGCCUUAUUAGCACUUUGAGUGGGGAUAAUUCACAUAUUACAUAAACCUUCCUUUUUUAUGCAAUAUAUUCAGUAUUUGUUGGCUUAGGUUCAGCUUUUGAUCUGAUAAAAACCCUUGGGUUAUUUUCUUAAGGUCAGCUGAGUUCACCAGUGCCUGCUGCAGUGUUCGUGGAAAUAGAGAAGGUUUUUAGUAUCUUUUCAGACUUAGCAUCUAAGGAAAGGGUGCCUGUCUGGCAGCUCUUAUUUUAUGGAAGAUUAUGAUUUUAGUGCUGUUUUAAAAUCUGAAGUCAUGGUCUCUGUUAGUUGUGUGGAAGAUCCCGUCUUGGGCUGAAUACCUUUGUAUGUGUUUUUUUGUCGGGUAUUUUUAGAAACAAGAAGGGAAGAUUUCAGAACAACUCAUGAAUGUUAGUUGCCUUUUAAAUCACUAUGACUUCAAAUGGGGAUAAAACCUUACAUACCUAUUUAGCAGUAUUCUUAGACUGAUUUUCAUCAAGAUGAAGCUUAAGCUUUUGCUUCUCACCCUGUUGAGUUUUCUCCUUCCUUUCCCUGUGUGCUGUACACAGUUUGGCAGUUUGGAUCCUGGGUUGAAGAGUUAAGACCACAGCUUACUCCCUCUGUGUUGGCUGCCCUUCAUACUGUUCUCAAAAGUAAUCUGGUAGCUAGUCAACUAGAGUUCUGGGACAGUGGGGGGAAGAAAGGCUUGUGCCUUCUGUAGGUACUUUCCCUUUCUGCACUGACUAAAAAAUUUUGAAGGGGAAAAUUACCUCUUUCUGGAUCAGCAAUCUCUGUCUUACCUCAGGACUGGGAGAGAUGGAAGCUGUCAGGUUUGGGGUGAAAAAAGGUUUGUUUUUAUUUUAGAAAAAGCUACCUGAUACUGUUCUACUUCUCAUUAAAGGUGUUAGGUAGUCAAUUUUGAAUAUGCCUAGUAGUAAGCGGUGUCUGCCUGCCAGAGUUUAUAACAUUACGGCUUUCUAAACCUGACUGCAUUUUGCAAGUGAAUGCUGCAGGUGACUUUUCCAACAGAGGAAGGUGGCAGUUUCUUCAUGGACAUUUUACAUACUCUAAAAUCAUAUAUAUCAGCAACACAUUUUAUUUUCAUUUCACUGGUGGAACCUUGAGACUGAUUUUCUUGGAUUUUUCUCUUCUCUUACAAUAGCUGGUUUUCCUUUUUAAUUUUUAUUUAUAUUUGUUGUAAAGUGAAUAUCUAUGUUGUUUGGAAAGCUUAAGACUAGAUUCUACUAUUGCGGUCUAGAUGGAGAAAAAAAUCUCGCAUGGCAUUUUUCUGUGUGUUAAUGUGGUAGACAGAUUUGUGCUGUAAUUAAUUCUAUAAAGAGAAAAGUUAGAAAAGUUUAAUUGAGGAACUCAGAAUUCAAGCUACUUACCUGAAUGAUUUCUUAGCAAUUUUCUGCAUUAGUACAAAAGUAUUUUGUAAUUGUUCUAUAAAUAUUUUAUGAUUUGGCAGGCAUAAACUUUGCAACAUGCAAAGUUUGAUUCAGUUUGAAUAGAAUUUUCAUGGACUUUUAUUCUCUACUGGACACCUGUUCAGAUUCCAAAUCUUAUUGGAGAAAGGCUUGAGAUUGCUAUGUAAUGAGUUUGCAUGAUUCAUUGUUUUGUAAAAACUAAUUUUAGUCAUUUUUGUGAAUAAAAUUCCUCUUCCCAUCACUCCUCUCUGAUAAUAUAAAUGUCGGUCAAUGUAAGACUUUCUUUCAAAUGAAAGUAAAUAGCCGUUGACAAUUUGUUACGUAUCUUUUGUUCUCGGUACCAAAUAUAUAGUUUUACCUAUAGCACAAAAAGAACUGUAAAAAAGUAGAUUAUAUUCAUAGAUGCAAUGAGAAAGCAGACCUACCUGCAUCUUCACUUGAAUUUAAGAAGACAUCGAAUUACACUUGUAAACAUACAUAAAAAUCAAUCUUCAAAGAAAACACAUUCAACAUUUCAGAGCUUGUAAAAUGUCUUGCUUUUAGACCCCUUCAGAUUUAUAUACAGAUAUUCAGACAGUAUAUUAUAUACAAAACAUCGGGUUUAUUACCUAAAUGGACAUAUUCUGCACAAUAAUUGUGCUUUGCUUUGAGUAGAAAAAUUACAUUCAUUUUGCCUCACUGUUCAAACCCGUGUGCGUGUGUGUGCUAUUUUCUUCUAGGGAUUAUGCUUCUACCAUACUAGAAGCUAUUAAAUUUCAUAAGUAUUAGGGGUCAUAGAAGUACCUGUUCAAAUCAAGUGUGUUACUGUCAAGUCACUCUGAUUUCACUGUAUGACACAGCAAAGAAUACAAGGCAAAAAGUGAAGCAAAGAUUCUCAUUAAGUGAAGAGAAACUUAUUUGUGUCAUGUAAGUAGGUCAGAUAAUUACUAAAAGCUUGGCAUUUGAAGGGAGUCCAUAGCCUCAUCACGGAGUUUGUUUCAUAGCUCCUUGUGCUUAUAUUUUGUGGUAGUGCAGAAUUUUAGUAGCCCAAUUUGAUUUUAAAGUAAAUUAAUAAUUUUUACUAAAGCAUGAAUGUUUAUAAUGUUGCCUUUAAAAAGAACAACAGAAGGUGCUGACAGACUUAAAUUCAUGUAGCCUGUUCUCUGUAAGCUGUACCUGAAGUGAGUUUACUGACUCAAAAUACAAUCAGUAGUGCUGUUUCAGACUAAACAUCCAUCUGUCCUAGCAUCAUGCCUCUUGAAGCAGUGAACAGUAGCAGUCCAGAAGAUCAAAAUAACAGGCCUGAAUACUC